AUGGCAACUCAAACUCAAACAGUGAGCGACGCCGAGGUGAAGCGGACAUUUGCGACUCAAUUCGAGACCAAAGAUCUUGUCACGUUCGACGCAGGCAAGCAAUACGGUGACUGGCGGGACGAGUUCCACAAGAACGGUUGUGUUGUCAUCAAGAACGUAAUCAGCCCCGAACGCGCUCAGUACUAUUGCGACAAGCAGAUCGAGUGGCUCAAAAAGUUCGAUGUCGGCUUCGAUGAGAAGGAUUCUUCGACAUGGACUGCCGAUCAUCUUCCUGUCAGCUUCAAGGGAGGCAUGUACUCGGCGUACGGUGCAUCUCACGAAAAGAUGGCAUGGGAAGCUCGUAUGGAGCCCAAGAUCAUCGAAGUCUUUGAAAAGCUCUGGGAGACCGACGAACUCAUCACAUCAUUUGACGGCAUGAACAUCUCCAUGCCCAACCGAAAGGACAUUACUUGGAGCCCUUGGCCACAUUGCGACCAAAACCCGGAGAGGAAAGGCAUGCAAGCCGUCCAAGGCUUGCUGAACUUUGCUCCCAACGGACCCAAAGAUGGAGGCCUAAUGCUCAUGAGAGGCUCGGCUAAGCUCUUCGACGAGUUCUUCGCGCACAAGCGUGAAUCCGCGGAUCACGAAGACGCCCCGCCCCCCGAGAUCAAGUUCAUGGACCUCUUCCUCUUUAGCGAGAAAGAUGUCAAGUGGUUUGAGAGCAAGGGUUGCGAAUUGUUCAAGGUCAACAUGGAGCCCGGCGACUUUGUCCUCUGGGACUCACGUACGAUGCACUACGCCCGCUUUCCUGAGGGUGACCAGAUCAGACAUGUGCAGUACAUCUGCAUGACGCCGCGAAAGUUUGCGACGGAUGAAGCUCUUGAAGCGAAGAAGUUCUGCUUUGAGAACUGGUACGGAACAACACACUGGCCUCAUUGCAACAUCCGCCCUUCGCAGGACAAGCCAAAGAGGAACGGUGAAGUUUGCCCGAAGUACCGAUCGGAACCAUUCGAGAAGCCAGAAAUCACGGACAAGUUGUUGAAGUUAGCAGGUGUCAAGCCCUACUGA